AUGGAAGAGAGAAUCCAAGCUGUUGUCAAACCUUUUGUUCGAAUGAUGAAGAACUUGACGUUGAGGCUUUGUGAUGUCAAGGUCACAGCCCGAAAGGAUGUCCAGACCGCGAUGGGAGAAAUUGUGCCAUUGUUGUUGCGCUUUUGCGAGCAGUACAAGCAUGCGCAGCCUGUUUGCUUUGACCUUAUGAGGGAGCUGAUCAAAGGCGCUACUGGAAGUCCGUUGCUGGAGCCGCACGUGCAAAACUUGGUUCCUCCACUCCUGGUAUCGUUGUCAAUGAUGGAGAACGGUGCUUUGCAGUAUUACCAGUUUCACAUCAGUGCAGCUUCGGAAGAGAAGGGCAAGGAGCUGGAGGCUGCUCGAAUUUCUAACUCUCGCGACAGCGAAUCUAUGAAAUUGAUAAAGCAGCUUAUUCCUUUCAUCAGCAAGGAGGUUGCUGAUGCUCUAGCUCCAAGGCCCAGGUUGGUUUGGGUGAACAUGAUAUGA